AUGCGACUGAUUUUGAACGAGACAACAAAUACUACCAAAGGGCCAGAGCUCAAGAGCAAAGAGAUCGGCGACAAGGAGAGGGUGCUUCACUUCCUGAAGGACACCUACACGAAGACCAGGGAUCACUCGCUGAAGUAUGACCUGAAGAAGUGCAUGGAGAUAAUCGAGGGGAAAGAGAACCAGGAGGUUGCAGAUCUCAAGAGCGCACUAGAGGAGGCACUUGUCGAGAACGAGACUCUGUUUGCUGAGAAAUGCGAGCUUGCAGUUACUCUCGAGUGCAUGAAGGCCGAGAGAGGAGAGUGA